CGCAAACCCGGAAGCGGAUCGAGCAGAGAAGGGGCGCGCUCGGUAUAAACUUACCUGAGAGAGAAGACCAGAAGAGGGAAAAAAGGAGGAAUGACUCUUUUCCAGGGAUGGUUAACAUUCAGGGAUGUGGCCAUAGAGUUCUCUCAGGAGGAGUGGGAGUGUCUGGACCCUGCUCAGAGGGCCUUGUACAGGGACGUGAUGCUGGAGAACUACAGGAACCUGGUCUCCCUGGGUGAGGAUAACUUCUCUCCAGAAGUUGUUCCGGAGGCGAAAUGUGUAAAAUGGAUCCAUAGCGCCGUGCUCCGUCUGGAUAUGCCAGCCGUAUAUUUCCCUCAAGUCUUCCUCUUCUUCCUGUGGAUUAUUUGGAAGAGUAUUCCAUAGCAGGACUAGACCAUAUUCACUCAACUGCUGAUGGGCAUUUGCUUGUUACCACCUUUGCCUGAUGUUAAGAAGUUGCUGUGAACUUUCAAGUACAAGUAAGUUUGAAUAUUUGUUUUCAGUUCUUUUGGUUAUAUUAUAUACCUAGGAGUGGAAUUACUGGGUCACAUGGUUUAAUAUUUUGAGAAUUGGCCACACUGUUUUCUGCAGCAGCUACAACAGCUUAACAGCAAUGUGUCAUGACUCUAAUUAGAAUCUUUACAUCUUUACCAACACUUAUUUGUUGUUGUUGUUGUUGUUGUUUUUCAAUAGUCAUCCUAGUGGGUAUGAAAUGAAACUCAUUUGGUUUUGACUUUGCAUCUUACUAAUGACUACUUUCAUUGAACACCUCUUCUUGUGCUUGUUUCAUUUGUACAUCUUCUAUGGAGAAACGUCUAUUGAAAUACUUUGAC